CUAAAAAAAAAUUAAUGGAUCCAUCUGAUUUUCCUUUUGAUAUUGAAGCUUGCAAAAGGCAGUCUGAAAUCAAAGAGAGAUCAUGUAGCCGCAAACCAACGAUUGAUUGAAGACUAUUUUGCCGAUCAACCUACAUAUGGCGAUGCAAUGUUUUGUCGGAGAUUUCGGAUGCAAAAAAAUGUUUUUCUUCGGAUCGUUGGGGACCUAUCAAGCAGUGAAAAAUAAUUCACUCAUCGAGUUGAUGCAGCCAACAAAGAAGGUAUAUCUCCAUUAGCUAAAUGUACCACAGCCAUGCAAAUGUUAGCAUAUGGUGUUGCGGCUGACGCUGUCGAUGAAUACAUCAAAAUAGAAGGUACUACAUCAUUGGAGUGCUUGCGAAGAUUCUGUAAAGGAAUCAUACAAUUGUAUGAGAAAGUAUAUCUUAGAAUUCCAACUCAAGAUGACCUACAAAGAAUUCUACAUGUUAGCAAGAUGAGGGGAUUUCCAGGGAUGAUUGGGAGUAUUGAUUGCAUGCCUUGGGAAUGGAAAAAUUGUCUAACGGCGUGGGAAAGUCAAUAUACCCGAGGUGAUAAGGGAACCACUACUGUUAUUCUUGAAGCAGUUGCAUCUCAUGAUCUUUGGAUCUGUCAUGCAUUUUUCGGGUUUCCAGGCACAUUGAACAAUAUAAAUGUUUUAGAUCGUUCACUAGUGUUUGAUGAUGUUGAACAAGGAAAUACUCCAAGAGUGAACUUCUUUGUGAACCAACGUUCGUACAAUAUGGCAUAUUAUCUAGCUGAUGGAAGCUAUCAUUCUUAUCCCACUUUCGUCAAGUCAAUUAGACUUCCUCAGAGUGAACCAUACAAGCUAUUUGCACAAUGUCAAGAGGGAUGUCAGAAGGAUAUUGAACAUGCAUUUGAAGUGUUGCAGGCUCGAUUUAAAAUAAUUCAUGAACCAGCUCGCAUGUGGGACAUAGAUGAUUUGGCUAUCAUCAUGAGGUCAUGUAUCAUAUUGCAUAAUAUGAUUGUUGAGGAUGAAUGAGAUACAUAUGCUCAACAUUGGACCGAUUAUGAUCAAUCUGAAGAAAGUGGGUCUAGUACACCACAACCAUUCUCGACCGAGGUGCUACCUGCAUUUGCAAAUCAUGUGCGUGCUAGAUCUGAGUUACG